CACACACACUUCACCAGAAGACUGAAGACUCCUAUCACCACAUUCCUCUCUAAACACAUGUGACAAGUUCAGAGAGAGAGAGUGAGAAAGAGAGGGAGGUAGAGAGAAAGAGAGGGAGGUAGAGAGAAAGAGGGAGUGAAAGAAAAUGUGAAAGAAGGGAACGCUGCCAAAAGGAACUGGAAGUGUCUAAGAGACAAGAUCAGACGAGAGAGAAGAAAGAAAGAGAGAGAGAGAGAGGGGUGAGAGAGAUAAAGAAAGAGAGAGAGAGAGAGAGAGAGAGAGAGAGUUGUGGAUGAUUACAGCAGGGCUUGUUCUUCUGGAUAGAGAGAUUUGAUUGGCUACCAGCUGAGAGGAACAGGUGGAUGUGUGUGUGACGGCAGGUCUUUUGACACACCGUGGCUCUGAGAGACCCCUGUUCACAGCGUCGGGAUUCAGACUAAAGGUCUAUGGCCAGCUGCCUGUACUUCCUCCUCCCAGCAGUAGGGGGCUAUGGCCUGGCGUCGUACUUCCUGUUUAAGCGCCCCCACAUCCUGCACCGCAAGAAACACACAGCAUUCCGCUGCACACACAUCUCACACCGCGGGGGAUGUGGCGAGAGGAUAGAGAGCACAAUGGAGGCUUUCACACAUGCUGUGGAUCAGGGCACAGAGAUGCUGGAGUUGGACUGUCACCUGACUCAGGAUGGUCAUGUGGUCGUGUCACAUGACGAGAACCUACUGAGACAGACAGGAAAUGAUGUCACCAUCUCCUCGAUGAACCUUGAGGACCUUCCCCUGUAUAAAGAGAGACUAGAGGUUACCUUCAACGCAGGUCACUCCAGCUCUGGGUCUGACAGGAAGUUCGCUCUACUGGAGGACGUUUUCCAGAAGUUUCCCAAGAUGCCCGUCAACAUCGAGGUCAAGGAGCACAACCGGCUAUUGAUUGAUAAGGUGUCUGAUCUGGUGAAGCGGUAUGACAGAGAGCACCUCACAGUCUGGGCCUCAACCAGCUCCAGCAUCAUGGAGUCCUGCCGAUCCAGGAACUCCUCCAUGCCCUACAUGUUCACCGUGUCUCGAGGACUUCAGCUCCUCCUCCUCUUCUACAGUGGACUCCUCCCAUUCGUCCCUUUAGGAGAGAGCUUCCUGCAGUUCUAUCUACCACGCGUCUUUAACAGGACAUACAUUCCAGAUUCUUCGACACUGCAGAAUAGAGUGGUGGUGUUUCUGAUUGAAAAGCUGACCAUGAGGAAGUGCUUGUUUGAGCAUCUUAUCAAACGGGGAAUCCAGGUUCAUCUGUUUGUUUGUAACACAGAGGAUGACAUCACCGCUGCGUUCGCUGCUGGAGCAACAGGAGUCAUGACCGACUACCCAACGCUCCUCACACACUACUUACGCUCACACACACACUCCACAUGACACACACACACACACACACACACACACACACACACAGGAGUCAUGACCGACUACCCAACGCUCCUCACACACUACUUACGCUCACACACACACUCCACAUGACACACACACACACACACACACACACAGGAGUCAUGACCGACUACCCAACGCUCCUCACACACUACUUACGCUCACACACACACUCCACAUGACACACACACACACACACACACACACACACACACACACACACACAGGAGUCAUGACCGACUACCCAACGCUCCUCACACACUACUUACGCUCACACACACACUCCACAUGACACACACACACACACACACACACACACACACACACACACACACACACAGGAGUCAUGACCGACUAC